AUGUUUGCUGGAUUUACGCAUUUGGCGCUGCUCGCGCUUGCUUUACUCCAUUCUGUGGCGAUGGCUGCUCCUUCGAGAUCUUAUCUCAAGUCUCACAAUGACACCUUUGAUUAUAAUAGCGAGAAAGUUCGGGGUGUCAAUCUCGGAGGAUGGCUUGUACUGGAGUCCUGGAUCACGCCCUCAAUUUUCGAGGCGGCUGGUGACUCCGUGGUGGACGAAUAUACCCUCUGCCAGGUCCUGGGGAAGGAUGAGGCCAAGGCGCGACUCCAGAACCACUGGAACACCUUUAUCACCCAGGACGAUUUCCUCAGCAUCGCUCAGGCGGGAAUGAACCAUGUGCGGAUUCCAGUGGGUUACUGGGCCGUGGCUCCUCUGGCUGGGGAACCGUAUGUGGACGGUCAGCUCGAUGUCCUUGACAAUGCAAUCAUCUGGGCCAAAAAUGCGGGCCUUAAGGUCAUGAUCGAUCUACACGGAGCUCCCGGGUCACAGAACGGGUUUGACCACAGUGGACGCAGAGGGCCGACUCACUGGCAGCAGGGAAACACAGUCAAACAGACGCUAGAGGCAAUUAGAGGCCUAGCGGAACGUUAUGCCCCAAAAACAGAUGUUAUGGUGGCAAUUGAGGCCAUCAACGAGCCGGCGAUCUAUAAUGGGAUAAACCUGGACGAGCUGAAGCAGUACUAUUAUGACGUAUGGGGGACGGUCCGGGAUUAUAACCAUGAUACCACUGUAGUAUUGCACGACGGGUUCCUGCCUGUUGACUCCUGGAACGGAUUUAUGAACGUGGAGUCAGGCUGCUGGUACGUGAUGAUGGACACGCAUCACUACGAAAUGUUUGAUGACGCCCUGCGGAACCUGAGCAUUGACGACCACAUCAACAACGUCUGCCAGUUCAGCCGCGACCACCUACAGCAUGCCGAUAAGUGGACCGUCGUGGGCGAAUGGACUGGUGGCAUCAACGACUGCGCCAAGGUUCUCAAUGGCAGUGGCAGCGUCGCUGGUCUCUCAGACCUGGAAAAGCUCCACAUCCGACGCUUCAUCGAAGCCCAGCUAGAUGCAUACGAGAAGAGUACCGGCUGGCUCUUCUGGACUUGGAAGACUGAGGGCUCGUCAGCAUGCGACAUGCAAGAUCUUCUAGCCAACGGCAUCUUUCCUCAACCGUUGUCUGACAGGCAGUACCCCAGCCAAUGCCUUUGA